UUUACACUUUUAGACAAACCCGAAGGUGCAAGGCUCACUACCAAUGUUUCAAAAAAUACUGUCACUGAAGGAGACACAGUUACAUUCAAUUGCAAAGUUAUGGCUGCUCUGCCUCAAGUGUCAAUUUACAAGUUCUAUUUCAAUGGCCACCUCCUAAGUGAGAACAGCAACAAUGAGUAUACUCUCAUUAAUGCCAAUCGAUCUCAGCACUAUGGCGAGUACAAAUGUAUCCCACAUAAUGACGCUGGAGAUGGAGCAGAAGCCACUGUGAGACUUAACAUAAAUGGUUGGUAGAAACAUCUUUGAGCAUUUUUGAGUACUUUGGAAUUGUAAUCCAAAACAAAACGUUUUUUACCACCUUACAUUGCGUUAAAAUGAGACCUUGGUAUUCGGGUUGCUCCCCCCCACAGGCUUUUCCUGGGAGUAAUGGGAAUGACCACAGAGUCUGAGGUGGGUGAGGGGAAGGAGAAAAAAAGUCUGGGGACGAGGCAAAUGUUGUGUGGCUUUACAGACAUCUUUGCAUUGCUCUCCAGCUGAAGAGGUGUCUCCCUCGAAGGCAUCACUCAGCUUGCCACACAAUGCUCCUUCCCAAGGUAGUUGGGAAAAGUGCUGGUGAAAUUUAACCAGUGCUUAAUGAUGAAUGGGUGCCUAAUAGCAAAAGUUGUGCCUGAUGACAAUGAACUGGUGCCUUAUAAUGAUGGACUUGUGCCUAAUAAUGCUGGACAGGUGCCUAAUAAUGAUGAACUGGUCCCUAACAAUGAUAAACAGGUGCCUAAUGAUAAAAACCAAUGCCUAAUUAUGAUGAACUUGUGAAAAGUGUUAAGGAAACAAGCCUGAUAAUGAUUUACAAGUGCAUAAUAGAAACAAAACAAUAAUUUGGUGGAAAUGGCAACCCAUGGUUACCUUAGAUUGUCGUCAGACAUAAGAAGUCUGAAAGUUUAUGUAGUUUUUUUUUGGAAGCCUUAGCAAGGUGGUACAUUUAAUUGUGUAGCAGAAUACCUCAAAUUUAGUUACAAGUUUGAGAUUAAUCUUAGGUCUGAUUUUGUUUUUUUUUAUUUAAAAAAAAAAACUAUGACAUUGUUCUAAAGCAAUUAUCCUGUGUCCGCCAAAGGCCGUGACUUAUGCUUUUCACUAGAGUAUUUUAAAACUGAUGCAAAUUCUGAUUGGCUGACGUAGUGAACGUUUGUUUCCUUUUUUGAUAUUUUUUUAUGUAUGAGCUACAUUUUAUAAUCUUAUCCCUACAGCGUAUGAAGUGGAUGAUUUUAAACCAAAUCGCACUCUAAUAUUAUGGUCUGGAAAUUUUGUUGUUCCUCUCUUCUUGCCUAGUUGCUGUCCAGUUUACAGAAGUGCCACAGAAUGUAACAGUUCAUACGUCCACUCCUCUGUUUUUGAGUUGUGAUGCUUCUGGUUUUCCUCAACCUAAGAUAAGAUGGGAAAAAUGUGGGAUUAAUUUGUCCCACAACAAACAGCUGAACAUCCCCAGUAGUAAAAGGAAAGAUGCAGGAGAAUAUGUUUGCAUUGCAAGCAAUGGAGUCGGACAGGAAAAGACAGUAAGAGUUUAUGUCACUGUGCAAUGUAAGUCUUUUUUCGGUAUGUCGUUCAAAGCUGCCCCUGCAGCUGAGUCAAUAAUACAGUCGAACCUAUAUUAAGAAGCGCCAUAUUAAGCGGUCACCCUGUAUUUAGUGGUCAGUUGUCAAAGUUCCCAAUUUUUUUCUCCUUAAUCGCUGUUAUUUUCACUUUUUUUUAGUUGUCACCUCUAUUAAGUGGUCGUGGUCACCUUUCAGUGAGUGAUUGUACUGUCUUCCACCUGUAAUGAACGGUUGCAUUAAGCGGAACCACUCAGUUAAAACUAAGAAUGAGUUUUUGAGUAAAAUUCAAUUCAUUUUUAUCUCCCGAAAUUAGUGGUAGAAUAGGGUUGGGGCUAGGCUGCAUGUAAGCGCUAUCCUUGUAGUUAAGCCCCCUGCAUUUUUUUCAGUUAGGUUGGCUGGAAGGUGGACAUUGAAAACCUAAUCUCCAGGUUUUUGCAGCCUCUCCUAGGCCUGCUGAUUUGGACUUUCAACCACCCUCCAACCAAAGGGUGUUCACGCGCUAGAUAACGUAAAUUGACCACUGUAAAGAGUUAAAAAGCUGACGUAUCUAACGUUAGCUCUUCGACAGAGCAAAGGGCUAACACUUGAAACUCUUUGUAACUCACUUGAAAAUACUAAAUAACCCUACUUUUUACUUGAGUUUUGUAGUGCACACGAAUCCAAAUAAAUGGGAUUUUCUGAGUUACGCACUCGAUCGCACGUGCGCAUUACUUUCUCUGUUUCCCCGAUACUUACGUAAUGGCUAUUCAUACCUUACCCUGUUUUGGUCGGACAAUCAAAUAUUUCCGGCUUGAUGAGUUAUUGUUAUUAAUACUGUUUUUUAUAGGUAUGGGCUUCGCUACGCGUUUCCCGCCCUCUGCUAUUGAAUCAAUGAAAUAAAUUAAUUAACUUUCUGAGUUACUUUUUGUGAAGGCUUGAAAUUAAUUACGAACGGUUUUUAGGCCGCGAGUCAACCCAUUUAAUGACACAAUUUCUCUACUAAAAAUUCAUUUCUAAACCAAUAUUUUGCUGGCGUUUAAAGCAAUUCAGGAGAGAGAAGGAAAAGAAAGGAUUAAUAAGUUAUUUAUCGGCUUGAGGUCGUGACCCACAUCUUUGCUUAAAAAUAAUGCCCAGCCGGCAAAACGGCUGAAACAAAAAAGUUAAAGUUUGGAUCGUUCAGUGCGACAAAUGUUGCUGCGUAUUUUUGCCUUGUUCUAAAGAGUAAUACUGUGGCAUAUUUUUCCUGUUCUCAUAACUUCAUUUAGUAAAAUGACACAGUGGAGGGACGAUAAAGCUCACAAAUAUUCUGAUUGAUAUGAAGUAUCGCCAAUUAUUUAUUAAAUCGCUUAUUGCAUUGGUAUUUUUUCUUAGACCCGCCCACAAUUCAAAAUGUCACUACGUCAUCUAAGAAGUCUUGGAUUGGCCAGACAGUGACUUUGAAGUGUCUUUCUGAUGGUGUUCCUACACCAACACUCUCUUGGUACAAACCUGAAGGAAGUGAAAUAAACAGAAUCAGGGCCAGAGAAAACAAAGUAAAAGUGCCACUCGGGGAUGAUCAAGAUUUUGGUCAUUACAUGUGCAUUGCUGCCAAUGGACUUAUUCCAUCUGAUGGGAAAUUAAUAAAGAUAAAUCAGAUAAGUAUGUAAAAAAGAUCAGUGUAUUUCGAUAUGAAGAAAACUAUAUAUAGGGUCCGAAUUUUGCUCAUUAUCACUGUUUCAGGUGUAUUAGAAGUAAAAGCCAAAUUUUCUUACAAAGUACUCGACAAGGUAACUCAUUCCCUUCGUACAACUCAUUCGAUUAUGUAAAGUAUAAUACGUGCGGAUAAUUUGCGAGACCCAUAGGUGUGUGGAAAAAUUUAAGCUUAUGUUCAACCAUCGAAUAAGAGAUCUAUCAUUCUACUAUUUUUUCAUUUUCUAACAAUUUGACCGCUGAGAUUUCGACGUUCAUCCUAUGUGGCCUUAUCUGAGCGUUCCGUUCGCAAUUUUUCCCCUCUAUAACAGCAUUAGACCUUCACAAAUUUUUGCGUUCGUUACCUCAAUGAGGCAUACUGAAAGGCCCAUUAGUGGAAUUAUGCCAGAUAUAGUCAGCCUGAUCACUUGGUGGAAAAUGCACCCAUAAUUUAAAAAAAUAGGAUUUACAGUAAACUGUCGACACCUUGCCCUUUUUGACAUCCUCCCAUGCGUGUGUCCACAGGAAACUUCCUCCACCAUGGACUCUUAAUUGUUCCUCUUUUUAUCAGGCUCUUGGUUGAAUUUAUCUGGUAGCCACAUGUAAAUUAAAUUGUGAUAAUCCAAUGACAUUCUUUGUGGUAAUCACCCAAAAACUUUCUCCUUCCUUUUUUUUUUUUUUUUUUUUUUUUCGUAAAAUGAUUUUUUUAUGGCACUAUGUAGAGAAACCAGGGAAAGCAUCAAUCAAAUCAUCUGAAUCAUUAAUUCAAGCAACUUUUAUAACAAUAAGAUGGACUGCACCAGCUGAUGAUGGAGGAAGUCCGAUUACAGGAUACCGAAUGAUCUUACAAAAGGGUGAAACUGAGAUAGAAAAGGAUGAUAUCACCGAUCCUGGGACGACAACCUAUUUGUUUCGUGGUUUGGAGAAAAAUACCAACUACACGGUGAAACUGUUUUCCAGAAAUUUCAUAUUCGAGGGAGAUCCUACUGUAAGGACAAUUAAGACCAAGUUUGAAGGUGAGGAAUCACAAGUGAUUUCGUUACUGAGCACUUUGCACUAAUCAUUUUGCUGCAAACGUAGAUUUGUCCCAGUUUUAACAAUGUUAUCUGCUUGCCACAUUAUAAGAUUUUUGAUUUUAGGUGUUUGUCUCCUCCUUAGCGAGUUUCCUUUCCCUUUCUAACAGUUCUUUGAGAGGUACCUACGUUUGAAGAAGCAUAAUAAUAAAUAAACCACAGGUGAACAUAGGUGAGAACAACCUACGCGGCUACAUUUCGUAAAUGCUAAACGUUUUACCAAGUAUUGCUUGCCUUUUUUUUUUUUUUUUUUUUUCAGUUUUUGAUGUUCACGUUUCAUAACCUAUUGGUGUAAAUAAACAACGACAACGGCCGCUAGAUAUUUGGUUGGAUAAAGUUUUUCUAAACUCCUACCGGCUAUGUUUGGAACACCCAACAACCAACUUCUCUUUAGUCAGUGAGAAGAUUUUCACACAUCGGUUGACCAAGAACUGAAGUUUGAAGAAAUGGUCUUUCAUGAAAAUCUCUUUUAAUAUGCUAAUAUUAUGGUUAAAUCUCGUCAAACAGUUUGUGGACGGCCUCGAAGAGUCCUCCGUAUAUUUUCUUUAAGAUGAGAAAAGUAGAGCGCAAAAAAAAUUAUGACGCACGAAGAAAGUUUGAGAUAGCUAUUUAAAAGGCCAAAUCACGAAAUUAUUCCUCCUGCUUAUUAUUAAGGUGGAUGGAUAUCGUUUCCUUAAAUACUGACCAGCUAUACUCAAAGUGCUUAAAAAGAAUAAAACCUCCAUGGGUCAAAUAGCUAUCAGGAUUUGUUACUAAUUUAUUGACAUUUUGUGCGCACUUCUGGACACUUUCUUCGAAAAACAUUCCAUAUUUUUACACAUGUAGUACUUCUUGUGUUAACGCUAGGUUUGUUUAUAACGAUUUUGUUUCCAAACUAUGUUACAGACUUACAAAUCAGCAGUUCAAGAGCCAAUUCCAGUUAGUAAUACCUUCAGUAAAAUUAUACUCCUCAGUAUAAAUUAUAGUGUCUAUCGAGGGAAAAUGGCGGCGGUUUAAAAUUCACAUAGCUUGUUUUCAUUUCGCAGGGAUAAGCCCAAACCAAAACAAUUAAGGUUGCCGUUUUCAGGAGAGUUUUUUUCGAAUCACUCAACCAAAAAAGUAUUAUGGUAACAAGUAUGAAUUUAGUAACUGAAGCUGAGCAGCCGUAAUAUGGCUACGAAGUUCGUCGCACCUGUUAUCGCUUUAGCGCUUCUUGUCAUCGCCUCCUCAGUUGGCAAACUCCCUGUAGAAAAAAGCUUGUUGUCUCAACGGAAAAACCCGCGUAAGCUUAUGUUUGCAGAAGAAGAGUCGUAGCCCUGGACAAUCAAAUGGCUUGGGAAGCGGAGCAUGUGCAUUCAGUUUUACGCUGUGUCAUUGCCGAGUGCAUGUACUAAGUCAUGCGCAAUGUCAAACUUUGAAAAGCAGAAAAUAGUUGCACACAAAGCGAGUUCCUUUCUGUAAUUACAUGCCACAAAUGAAUGGCGAAUUGCAACGUCGUCAAUGCAUUGGUCCUUCAUUUGAUCAUAUGUAAGUAGCAAUGCGAGUAGAGGUCAAUAUAUCAUUCAAAUUCACCUUGUAAAUGCAGACUUGUCUUAGGCUACAACAAGUUAUAAGAAAUUUCACCCUGUUCGUGUUGUUGACAUCAACCUAGGAGUCCCAGACGUGGUCGAAAUAGACGAACUGCCAGGUGAAACAACAGACGAUACAAUUACCCUAAAGUGGAAGGAGCCAGAAAGUAAUGGAAAAGUUAUUACCAUGUAUACAGUGUACCAAAGAGUAGUGACUGAUGGAAAAGUGGGACAGUGGACAGAAAUAAAGAAAAUCAGAGAUGUUUCUGUGAGAAAAUUGAAAAUAGCGUUGGAGAGAGGAAAGGUGUAUCAGUUUGCCAUUACUGCAACUAAUGAGCUUGGUGAAAGCCUGAAACAAGAGAAAGCAAAUAUCCAACAAGUCAAGGCAGAAGGAAGUAUGUUCAAAUGAAUAUUAUUUUCCCCUUUUAAAGGUUUAUCCUUUUCUUUUCUUAGUUUUCAUGCCCUCUCCGUCUCAUCAAUAUCGAGGUAUUUACGAGUGAAUUCUUCGCUUGCAGAAACCUGAAUCAAUGUGAAAAAUUUCACUUAAGUCGCAGUUGAUGUUUGUGCGCCAACUAGGGGCCUAUAAGCUGAUGUACGAGAAAAUGUUUUGCAGUGCAUUUUACUACAUUUCAGUUAACAAGUUAAUUAAAUAAUAAUAAUUAAACGGCAGCAGUUACACUCACAGCCGAUGGCUGUGUGAUUAAUAUCAAAUUCAGAAAUUACAGUCCUAUAGGGGACUUAUUUAUAAUGACAGGGAAGCGACCCUUGACAUGCAAACGCAUUGCAAAGAGACAGAGCCAUCCAUCAGGCGUAAACAGGGGAGUUGGACUCCGGGGUCGCUACGUUGAUCUCUGUAUCUACACUACUUUUUCCACCAGAGAGGAACUCUGUUGUUUUUAACCACUGUCAUUUACUUUCAUUCAGCUCUAAAAUAGAGUUUUUAUCCCCACAGACGGCUCGGAAAGCGCAACAAAAUGUAAGAAUAACAAAGAAAUUGUUAAAUGACUUAAAUGUCACAAAGCAACCAGGUGCAUAAUCAGACAUGGUUUAAUGCUACUCUGGUUUCAAUUAACAAUUGGUUCAUACGUCAGCGUGUGUUCAUCGAGAUAUGAAGCACGCGGGAAGUUUGGAGAGCACGAAAGAUGUGUAGGAGUUGCUCUAGCUUCUUGAGUGCUCUUCAAACUUCCCAAGUGCUUCAUAUCUAGAUGAACGCACAGCUGACGUAUGAAACAAUUGUUUUAUAACAUUUUCAAAUUUUUUUCUCAAAGAGAUUUGUUUGCUGACGUCAUGAGUGUGCCCAAUAGGAAUAUGAAGCACGCUCACGCAAUUGAAUUUGAUUAGACAAAUUUACUAGCUAUGUUAUAAGAUUUAAUGAAUGAAGUUACAACUAAUAAUACUCCUGAUGAGAAGGAGCCAGCGACUGGUUUUGCCGUUAUUACUUACGUUCAUGGUGUUACAGAACCCAUCAAGAAAAUUUUGAAUAGCCACAACGUUUAUGUUGCUCAAAAACCUUUUCAGACCUUAGAGCAUAUUUUUGCCAAACCUAAGGAUCCUAUCACAAAUGAACAACUAACCGACGGUUUUUAUUCUAUUCCGUGUAAUGGCUGUGAUCACAAGUAUAUCGGACAGACCAAACGUCACUUUGGUACACGUUUAAAAGAGCAUCAAAGAGCGGUCUCCUCUUGUGAAAAAGAAAAUUCAGCUUUGUCGCAGCAUACAUGCCUAAUUAACCAUCAAUUGGGUGGGACAAUUCUAAAAUUAUCACCUCUUAUCGAUGUUACCACCAGCGCCUUUGUUUGGAAGCCUGGCAUAUCAACUCUGCCCACGCUCCGUUAAAUCGUAAUGAUGGCGGCUUACUGCCUGACGCAUAUUUACACCUACUCAGAAAAAAGAGCAGCUAAUUAGUGAGCGUGUAAAAUGACCUCUUUGUGCAAAGAUUCGAUCACCCCUGAUAAAGGCACUAGACAGAAGUGUUGAAACGGUGGGUCUUUGAAUUGUAAUUCGGUUACUUUCAGUCCAUUUUACAGUUACGUGCUUGUUUGCCUAGCCUUUGAACAGGAGUGAAGCUGAAGAUGACCUUGUUAUGAUAAAAAACCAUGCUGCUUUUGAAAUGUAAAUGACUUUGUUAUCAUACUAACUAGAUACUGGUCUUUAUCACAACAUGGUCAACUUCAGCCUGACCCCAAAUCAAAGGCUUGGCAACUAAGUACACAGCUGUAAAAUGGGCUAUGCAAUGAAUCUUUAAACCAGAGUAGCAUUAAAUCAUGUCAAAUUGUUAAAUGUUUACACGUUUUCUUCCGAGAACGGACUUUUUCUAAUUGUAUUCCGUAUCUGUUUAAUUAACAACCUAUUCCUGUGAGUGACAUAUUUCCAGGUUUUUGUUUUUGUCCUUGUUGCUGUUUUUAGUCAAUUAAACAAAAUCCGUUACUUUUAGAAAUCAUUAUCGAAAGAUUAGCACCUUACUUUUCUUUAGUACCUAGCCAAUGAGAGUUAGUUUUCGGUCCUUAGCCUAAGCUAUGUAGUGAGAGUAGUUUAUCGGCCAGGAUCAGUGUGAAUGUUGUUUGAAUGUUACUUGAUCAAGGUUUGUAAAAUUAAUCAUUUUAGGUCCUGAGGAAUGUAACUGCCCAUCAAAUAACGUCUUGUUGGCCAUAAUUGGGGUUCUUGCCUUCACAGUCCUUCUUCUAAUUAUUUACAUAAUCUGGCUACAUAAGAAAGGUAGGUAAAAAAUCAUAAUCUAUGUUAGAGGGUUUGGCUGAAAGAUUCAUUUUUAUACAAAAGCAAAUUUUGACCCACAUCCCCAUCAUUUGUCUUUUUUUCCUUUCGUUCUUUUUCAGGCGCUGUAGGGAAACAGAGGUAAGAAUUUGCUGCCACUUGGAUUGUGUCGAUGUAAUGUGCCAGAUAUGGUUUCACCUUAACACAAAAAUUUUACUUAAAGCUGAUAAAAUUCUCAGCUUUUUAUAAAUAUUCGUUUGCUUUCUUAAUUGUAGGACUUAUGAAGAUGAAAGAGGUGUUUAUGACGUAAGUAACAGCAAAAACAUUGAGGUUAUGUUAGUGUGGCCAGAAAUUAUGUAAUCUCACAUAACAUUUACUUUCUACAGGAAAAUAAACGCAUGCAACAAAUAAGAAGGGAAAAAAGUAUAGUUCUACAAAAAAAAAGCGUAUUGCAUUCAUGGAAGAUACAAUGAAAUAGGGGAGCAAGUUAGACUCGAGAAGGUCUUUAUCCUGUGAUCAUGUCCUUUACCAAGCUACUCCAUAGAUUUUCCUUCGAUUUUUCCUGGUUCAAAUACGUGGCUUCACCUCAUAGAUCGCUAACUGGUCUGCACCCGGUUGAUAUUUACUUUAUAAAUAAUUGUUUUCGCGCAUUUUUGGUCGUCUUAUUUUCUUAAGGCCUUAUUUUCUAAACGUUAGUCUGAGAGCUGAGUACAGCAAGAGUUCUUUUUGUACGUGUAUGUCAAAAAAUUGCACCACCAAUCGACAAUCUUCAUGUUGCAGUUUGUAGCUUCGGCAAAUAUGCUAUGAACCUCGAACCUCGAUAACUCCAUUGGAGCAAAGGUCACUGAAAAUGUUGGUAAUAAUAAGGACAACAUAGAUUAUAAACUAUUUGCUACUUUUGUUAUGCAAGAAUGUAAAGGUUUGUCUGAUGGAAAUGGGUGAACUGAUUUUUGUAACCAUGUGGAACUUUUUACUGGGAUUAAUAACAGAUUUGUAUAUGAAUACCUUAACUGUGUGUUGGUUUAAUAGAAUGAAACAGGAUUAGAUAAUGAACCAAGUCUACCCGAUUCAAGAAAACUCACCCAGCCUCCUGCGGAAUACAUGGAUCUCAUAGAAGUCAACAAAGAUAAUAGAAAAGCACAAAGAACAGCUCCAGGUGCUGAUUAUGUGCCUCUUCAUCCGUUAACACGCUCCUGGGAAGUUCCAAGACAUCACGUGGCCAUAGAAAAAAUCAUUGGUAAAGGUGCUUUUGGUCAGGUUGCUAAGGGAACAGCAGAAGGACUUCGAGGGAGUCCUGAAACGACCACAGUGGCUAUUAAAAUGCUGAAAGGUGAGCUUUUCUUACCAUAAAUUGAAUGACAGUCUUGGCCUACAGCCAUUCAGGAAAUGUUACUGGGUCACCGUAUUUUUCUUAGUUAUUUUCCAUUUCAUAACGUAUGUUAUUAUUUUGGCAUUUCGCAUAAUCUUCCCUUUAAUCAAAUUCUACUCCUUGUUUUUAACGCUCCAGCAAACGCUGCUGAAUCGGACAAGAGAGAUUUGAUGGAAGAACUUGACACAAUGAAGCAGCUGAAACCACAUCCUUACGUCAUUAAACUUCUUGGAUGUGUUACAGAAUCUGGUAUGCUUUGGUUAUGCGGGUUUAUUUUGUUGUACCCAGUUUGCUUAUGAUUUACCCUUUAACGCUUUCUCGCCAUUGAUAAUUUGCUUCAAUGAAGAGUCACUGCUUCACAAUUAAGCAUAAUAAAAACCAUCGCAUAAGGUAAUUUUAUCUUUCUUUAGCCAGUAUAGACGGUCCUGGAUUUACUGAUAGACUAAGACCAAAUAUUUGCCUCUGGACAGACCAUUUUGUUGUAUAACUAGAAACGCGUUUUGUAAGAGAAUAUUUGGUCUGUACCUUCCUAUGAGACCGUUACAUGGUUUUUCAGCUUUUCUUUGUAAAACUACAUCUUGUUCUCGUGCGAUUUCUUCAACAGUUUUAACCUUGACUGGGCUAUUUAUUUAUUUUAUUUAUUGCUUAUUUUAUCUGAGAGAGAGAUAUAUCAAUUAAAUUGCUUAAUUUCUUCAGAACAGCUGUUGGUUUUGAUUGAAUAUGUGCCCUUUGGGGAUCUGCUGGGUUACCUGAGAAAGAGCCGUGGAUUAAAAGACACUUACUACAAAGACCCGGAUGUUAAACCACAAACAAAUCUGACAUCACAGCAGCUGAUGAAGUUUGCAUGGCAAAUUGCUGAUGGAAUGAGUUACUUGUCCUCAAAAUCUGUAAGUUAAUUGUGUCUUCACAAGAUCACGCCCGGGAGAAGCAAACGUAUUCUUACCGUCUUGUUGACGCUAUUUUUUGUAGGGCUGGGAACCCUCACAAUCUUGACGUCAUCAUCUAAGUUUUACCUCAAAGUGUGAAUGGCGAUAUUUGUGCAUCGUUGCAAAUGCACCCCAUUGAAAUAAAAUAUCUGGGUUUUUCUCGUGUACGCAAAGGCAGAGACGUGAAUGAAUAGGAUCUUUUUAAAGAUAUUCAGCGUAAACUAAGUCUACAACAAAUUUGCAAUUCAGUGACAAGAAAGAAAAGGAAUGAAAACUUGAAAUUUAAAGAUUCGUCUUUAGUCGCUAAACUGCCAGAUUACAAAAUGGGCGUUGUAUGAAAUGACUACGUAUUGCAGAAAUAAAGUAGUUGCUUCUCUCGGGAAUAUGACGCAGUAAUUAUAAUAAAUUUAAUUUUCUGCCCUCUGGAAGAAAGAGAAAUACGCACACCAUAUUAUGUUGCUAGAAAUUUCUAUUUUCCUACCUGAACCAUUUCAUUUCAGUUCUUUUUCUUCUGCGGUCGCUAAUUUUUGCUGUUGCACCAAUUCUUUCUUAGAUCAUUCACCGAGACCUUGCGGCCCGUAAUGUGUUAGUUGGACAAAAGGAAACGUGUAAAGUGACAGAUUUCGGAAUGGCCAGAGAUGUGCAGCAGGAAAAUAUUUAUGAACGAAAGACUAAGGUAAUCAAGAAAGAGGGGAGGUGGGGGCGGUACCACAUAUCGUUCAGUUUACUGAUCUUUCACAAUUAUUGUUGUUGUUAUGCUGAUAUAUUCCUGAUUUUGAUCAUGAAAUCUUGGAUGGGACCCUAAUGAAAAAACUAGCCAUGCGUAUGCGAGUAAAAUUUUAAAUAUCACUGUCUUUGACCAGUCGCUUCCUAUAAUUUUUGAGCUGUUUCACAAAGUGAUAUUUAAAAUCUUUAGGGCCGUCUUCCCGUGAAGUGGACAGCUUAUGAGGCCUUGUUGUAUGGUAAAUAUACCACCAAAAGUGACGUGUAAGUAUACCCGAUUACUACCCUUAGCAAAUUUCCAAUAAGUUUUAUCAAUUUUUAAUCAGGACAUGAAUUCUAUGCUUUGUCAAAGAAUACAUAUAUUUUAGUUGUCGUAUAUAAUGUUGAUGUCUUCAGUCACCUAAUCUACAUUUGUUUGAUUUGUCAUUCUGCAGAUGGAGUUAUGGAGUUUUGCUGUACGAGAUUUUCACCAUAGGUAACAUCGAAUGGAAAUUUAUGAGGAUAUGUUUAUUUGUUUUGUUUGUUGUUGUUGUUGUUGUUGUUUUUUUUGCUGUAUAUUUACAAGGUAUCGUGUUCAGUUAGACAAACGUAAUGGGCUUCCCCAUGCAACCUUAAACUCCAUCGAGUGACUCAGAUGGUGUUUCAGUGGAGGUCAUUGUUUCGUCACAUUCAUAUUUCGAUGGUCUUGUGGUUCUUCCAGGCGGUUCACCUUACCCACGAAUGGAUGGAAGAAAAAUUGCAAACUUGCUUCAGGAUGGAUACAGGAUGCCAAAACCACAACACGUCGAUGAAAAAUUGUAAGUUUUCUUUGUUAACUCGUUCUCCCUUAUCGUACAAGGAAACGUUCUUUAAAUCUUUAGCAAAUCAUUUGAACAAUACCAGGUAUCAGAUCAUGAUGAAAUGCUGGAAGAAUGACCCAGAUGCAAGACCAACUUUCACUGAAUUGAAAAAUCAGCUUAACGACUUGCAAACCCUACACAAGGUGAGAAUUUUGAUCAACAUGAAAGUUUCUUUUCACAAAGGACCGACUGGCUUAGGCUCAGCUUAUUAGGGUUAAACUUAACAGCAUUGAACCUAGAUAGCGUAAUAAUAUGUACCCAAUUUUACGAAGUUUGGAUCGUAUCUUCUUGUUAUGUCACUGAAGCUAGCACUCCACGAAAAACAGCAAGGAGGCGAACUAGAAGGUCUCAAUGACAAUUGACACUUUGUGGUUAUUUAAAAGAUCAUAGGAUGAUUGCAAAACUGCAUUGAGACGCACAAAUAGAAGCAGACGACGAGGCUAUAAAACACUUCCUCCUUGAAUUUGUUUUGGUGUGAAAAGCUGACGACUCGUGAGGAUAACCGCUAAUCACGCAGGAGGAACACUUUUUUAAUGAUGCUGAUUAUUAAAUUACUUUUCUCUACAGAAGCUGAUCAACAUGACAAUGUACGACAAGCAGUUGUAUGCAAAUGUCGAAGAUUUAAUGGUGUAG